AUGGCUGGAUAUCCACCACCAGGGCAGUACGCCUAUCCACCGCAAGGCGGCGCGCCUCCUCAGGGCUAUCCUCCUCAAAGCUACCCUCCUCAGGGCCAACCUCCCCAGGGCCAACCGCCGCAUGGCCAGUAUCCCCCACAGGGCCAGUACCCGCCGCAACAUGGACAGUAUCCUCCUCAGGGGCAGCAUGGAGCGCCGCCACCACAGGGACAGUAUCCGCCGCAUGGCCAGUAUCCUCCACCGGGCGGUGCGCAAGCACAAUACUACGCACCCCAGGGACAGCCGCCGCAGGGCCAGUAUCCUCCUCAGGGCGGCCAUCCGCCUCCUCAGGGACAGUACGGCGCACCUCCACCAGGAGGAGCUCCGGGUUACGGAUACCAGCAAGGCCCUCCGCAGGGACAGUACCCUCCCGCCCAAGGCUAUCCUCCUCCUCAGCAGGGCUAUCCACCACAGGGCUACCCUCCACAGGGAUAUGCUCCCCAGCCAGGAUACGGUGCACCUCCUGCCGGACCUCCCGCUCAGCCGUCUCCUGGAUAUGUGCCCGGUCAGAUGGCCCAUGGUGACGCAGGCAGAGAAGCUGAUGCCCUCCGCAAGGCCAUGAAGGGCUUCGGAACCGACGAGCUCACUCUGAUCGAAGUUCUCGCGAAACCUGACGCCCUUCAAAUGGCGCUGAUCUCGCAUACCUUCAACACCCGCCACAAGCGUGACCUGGAGAAGGACAUCGAAAAGGAGUGUGGCGGUAAAUUCGAAUAUGUCAUGCUGGCUCUUGUCCGCGGGCCCCUGAUGCAAGACGUACGCGCAGUGAACAAGGCUAUCAAGGGCGCCGGAACGAACGAAAAGCUCCUCAACGAUGUCCUUGUAUCCCGAUCCAACGCUGACAUGAACGCCAUAAAAGCCGCGUAUAAGAAGACCUUUGGCAAAACCAUGGAGUCUGAUGUGCGUGACGAUUUAUCUAUGCAAACGGAACAGCUCUUCAACCUCAUAAUGGCUGCCACCCGUGCUGAAGAGUCCGCUCCCCCAAACCAAUACCAGCUCGACCAGGAUAUCGCAUCUCUCUACGGUGCGAUGGGCGGAAACACAGGCAUUCCAAAGAAUACCGUCUGGCAGAUAAUCACACAGAGAUCAGACAACCAAAUACGCGCAUUGAGCGAUGCAUUUAAUAAGAAACAUAGCCCAUCGCUGAGCGUCCAGGUAACGAGUCACUUCUCAGGCCAUGUCAGAGAUGUAUUGAUACACAUGAUAAGCAAGGCCGUGAGGCCGGCUUUACAUGAUGCUCUCGCGCUCGAAGAUACCAUGGCCGGUUUGGGUACGAACGAAUGCCUGUUGAUCGAGAGAAUUGUACGUAUGCACUGGAACAAGCCCCAUAUGGAGCAGGUUAAGGAUGCAUAUAUGAAGAAGUAUGGCAAGCCAUUGCGGACGCGCGUCGCCGGCGAGACGAGUGGGGAUCUGGAGAAGGCUCUUCUUGCCAUUCUACAGUGA